GUCAUUGUGCAAUUCGUUUUCGUGGUGUUCGUAUUUCGUCAGCUUUUACCACGCGUCCAUAUAAUAUUUCACCGGGUUACAGAUGGUUUUUAACUAAAGAUAUUUUUCUUCGCAUUUAAAUGAGACACAUUUUACAUUUAGUUGCUAAUUGUAGUUACAUUAGUAAACAUCUUCCUGUGAUUUUUAAACGACUUAAACUUUCUCAUAAUCUUUCGUAUUGGGGGAGCAAUAAGGCUCAUCGGAAGAUUAAAAUACCAAAUCCGUACAAAGAUAUAAUCAUGGCAGAUCCCAAAAUCGAAGAAAUUCUCGCUCCUUUACGCGCUAGCGUAAAAGAACAAGGUGAUAUAGUAAGAAAGCUGAAAGAAGAGAAAGCUCCGGAGAUCGAUAUUAAAAAAGCUGUUGCAGAGUUAAAAGCUAGAAAGAAAGUUCUAGAAGACAAAGAAUUAAGUUUAGCCCCAGCUGAAGAAUUAUUUGACAGAGCUAAAAUGGAAGACUUGAUUAAAAGAAGAUUUUUCUAUGAUCAAUCUUUUGCUAUCUACGGCGGUAUUACUGGACAGUAUGACUUCGGCCCAAUGGGGUGUGCGCUUAAGAGUAAUAUGAUUCAACUUUGGAGAAAGUACUUCAUUCUCCAAGAGCAGAUGUUAGAAGUAGACUGCUCAAUAUUAACACCAGAACCUGUGCUUAAAGCCUCUGGACAUGUCGAGAGAUUUGCGGAUCUGAUGACGAAAGAUGUUAUAAGUGGUGAGUGUUUUAGAUUAGAUCAUCUUAUUAAGGCUCACUUAGAGAAAAUAAAAAGUGAAAAAAAUACAAAACCUGAUUUGAAAGCUGAGAUAGAAGACAUUCUGGUAAAACUAGAUGGUAUGAAUGCUGAUGAGAUGUCAGCCUUGAUGAAAAGGUUUGACAUGAAAUCUCCUGUUAGUGGUAAUGAGUUGACUCCUCCCAUUGAGUUCAAUCUUAUGUUCAAUACUCAAAUUGGACCCUCUGGCUUAGUGAAAGGUUUUCUUAGACCAGAAACAGCACAGGGUAUUUUUGUCAACUUCAAACGUCUUUUAGAGUUUAAUCAAGGCCGCCUACCAUUUGCUGCAGCGCAGAUUGGUAAUUCUUUCAGAAAUGAAAUUUCACCACGUUCUGGUCUUUUGAGAGUGAGAGAAUUCACCAUGUGUGAGAUAGAACACUUCUGUGACACUAAAGACCACCCUAAAUUUGAAUCAGUUAAGGACACGAAAAUGUUAAUGUACUCUGCUAAUAAUCAGGAGCAGGGCAAGCCUGCUGAAAUUUUAACUAUUGGUGAAGCUGUAUCCAAGGGCAUUGUCAAUAAUGAAACACUUGGAUAUUUCAUGGCAAGAAUUCAUUUGUAUAUGUUAGCAAUUGGCAUUGACCCUAAGAAGCUGAGAUUUAGACAGCACAUGGGAAAUGAAAUGGCUCAUUAUGCCUGUGAUUGUUGGGAUGCUGAAUGCUUAUCAAGUUACGGGUGGAUUGAAUGUGUUGGCUGUGCAGACAGAUCAGCCUAUGAUCUCACCCAGCACACUAAAGCAACUGGUAUCAGGUUAGCUGCCGAGAAGAAACUUCCUGCACCAAAGCAAGUUGAAAUUGUGGAAGCAGUUCCCAAUAAAGCUACCAUCGGUAAAGAAUUUAAAAAAGAUGCUAAGCUAAUAAAUGACGCUCUAGCUGCAAUGAACACUGCUGCAUUGGAAAAACUACAAUUUGAAUUGGAAAGUAAUGGAGAAUAUAUAUUGACUACUUCUAAUGGUGAUUUCAAGUUAACACCAAACCUUGUUUCUGUUAAAAAGAGUCAAAAAACUGUCCAUGUAGAGGAGAUCAUUCCAAGUGUGAUUGAGCCAUCUUUCGGUAUUGGAAGAAUUCUUUAUUGUCUUCUAGAACAAAACUUUAGGAUGAGAGAGGGAGAUGAGCAGAGAACCUACUUUUCCUUGCCUCCAACUGUAGCACCUAUGAAGUGUGCUGUUUUACCAUUAAGUGGUAAUGUGGAAUUCCAACCAUUUGUCAAAAAGUUAUCCCAGGAACUUACUUAUGUAGAUGUUUCUCAUAAAGUUGAUGACUCCUCUGGCUCAAUCGGCAGGAGAUAUGCUAGAACAGAUGAACUCGGAGUCCCUUAUGCUAUCACUGUCGAUUUUGAUACCAUGAAAGAACCCCAUACAGUUACAUUGAGAGAAAGGGACAGCAUGGGUCAGGUUCGGCUACCUCUAGAUGAUGUGCCGGCUGUAGUAAGAGAUCUGUCAAAUAGUAAAGUAUCAUGGGCAGAUGUUGAAACAAAAUAUCCUAAAUUCGAACAACAAGAAAAUGUGAAAGGUGCAGCUGCUUAACAAGUGACGCAAUGCAUUAUUGAUUCAGCUGCUCCUAUUAUAAUGGAAAUCAAUUACUUGCUGAAUAAAGUAUUUAUUAUUGUUAGCACUAAGCUUGAAUAGCAGAAAUAAAUAAUUUGAAAUUUUA